AAAAGUUGAAUGCUAAAUAUAAAGUGGUUGAUAUUAAUUACGAUCAUUAUUUAGUUCACCAUUUGCACUGAAACAAUCAACUUGCACAAAAUGUCUUUCUUGGGCAAAACAUACAGAGCCGGCAGUGAGGAAAAUGUUGAGGCGUUCGUCAAAGUUUUAGGCCUCCCUGCGGAAAUGACAGCCAAACUAGUCCAGUACAAGCCCGAUCAGAAAUUUGAGAAGGACGGUGACGCAUACAAACACACAGUCAUCACUGCAAACAAGGUUAAAGAAAUCAGAUUCAAGUCGGGGGAGACUUAUGAUGAUAAACUCAGAGAUUUAAUUCCGGUCAAAAUCACCUAUACAGUAGAUGGUGACACAAUAACUCAGGUUAUCAAGGAUGAUGAAGGCAGAAGCGGUACUUUUAAAAUGGAAUUCUCUGGUGAUACAAUGAAAGCGACCGUCACAGCCAGCUUCUGGGAUGGAACAGCUGUCAGACAUUACUCCGCUAUUUAACUACAUAAACCAUUGUAUAUAACUGAAAAUUGUUCUUUACUGUUAUAGGUAUUUUAUAACUUAUGGAUAAAUUAAAAAGUAUUUUUUUUUAUUUAUAAACAUUACUACAUGUUUCUAUGGCAAUGAAUUGGAAAUACAUUCUUUGAAAAAAUGUAAUUGAAAAAUCUGCAAAGAAGACGACAAUCACAGAAUUGCAUAGCUUGCACAUUUUGCACUGUAAAAUCAUAUACACAUUGUAAAAACUUAUAUGCAAUAUAAAUAAACUAAUUAAAUCACAUAAUAAAUUUAUUAAAUUAUUAAA